AUGUCUUUCGGAUCAGCAUCAUAUACGGACUCUUUGAAGGGUCUUGGUUUGGGCUAUAAUGGACUGAAAGUAUCUUUAAACUAUUUCGAUGGUCUUCCUGUAUUACAGAACAUACAGAAUCCUGAGCUUCAGAUCAUCUUUAAAUCGUUAUUGAAGAGAGACAAUAUAACGAAAGAAAAAGCACUAAAUGAAUUGUUGUCACUAGUGAAAGAUGAUGACAAAUACUCGAUCUUUUAUGAUGAUAUUGUUGUUUUAUCAUGGUGCCAGAUGUAUGCAAAAUUGAUUUCUUCGGAUUCAAAAAUCAUUAGAUCACAAUCUCAUCAUUUCACAUCGAUGUUAAUUAGUAGGCUCAAGAAAAGUGCUGCAAAGUUUUUGAAAGAAAUGGUACCAUUGAUGCUUUCAGGGAUAUAUGACUAUGAUAUUGCAGUAAGUAAAUCAUGCAAUGACUAUUUAUUGGAAUGUUUUGGUAGUUCAGAAAAAGUUGAUUCUUUAUGGAAUUUGUUCAGUACGGAGACGCUCAACUUCAUUAAAGAGGUAAUACUAGUAGAGAGUCCUACAACAAUUUCGGAAGAAAAAUAUUCCUCCAAGCAAAAUGUUGAAUUAAGAUACAAUCAACUUCUUUUGUCGUCUAUUCGAGUUUUAACCAAACUAAUUUCAACCGUUGACAUUUCUUCAGAAAAAAUGGAGAUAUUGCAUAACAUUGUAUCAGAAAAACAUCUUUGGUCCAAUUUGUCUUUACAAGACACUAAGGAAACAAGUAUUUUCCAAGCAUUAUUACAUUUGAUGGUUCAACUUCGUUCUAAGCAGUUAUUCCGUAAAAAUAAAGAAGCACUAAAGAUUUCGUCAAAAAACUUAUUGAAUUCUUUAUCCCAGGUGAAAGCGAGAAGUUUAAUAUCGCUUUCAUCGAUCUUACCUGAUAUUCUAAUUACUUUAUUGGAUAUGAAUAAGUAUAAAGAUGGGAAAUUUUGGUCUUACGAAAAAUCAAGUAAAGAACAUUUAAAACAUUUCCUUUCCCUAGGAUCAGGAAUCUCAAACCCAAUCUACUAUAAUUUAGUUUAUCAACUAUCUUUAGAAUGCUCUCUUCUUGUAUUCAAUGAAUGGGUUUUAAUUUGGCAGAAUUUCUUAAAGCAAGAGGGUGAACGCCGCAUCUUGGGUCGUAAUGGCUACAAACCUUUGGUAGAAGCUUGGAAAUACUACAUUCGGUUCAUGGAUUCAAUAUCGACAUUAGAUGACGACUGUAAAAUGCAGCAAGAACUAGAAGUUACAUUACUUUUGAAUAAUAAGAAUUUAAAAGAAAUACCAGAACUUAUUGAACUACUUAUAAAAUCUCAUUGGGACUAUGCAUUCUUGUAUGAAGAGAUCUUAAGGUUGUUGCCAUCUGGUAAAGAAGAUAGACGCAAGGAGCUACUUUUCAUCUCAAAUGCAUGCACUAUUUUGUGUGAGACAGAUAUUUCACUAAUCCACCAAAUUUGCUCAAAUAUAAUAGACACCUUAGAAGCAAAUGAUCAAGUGGAUUUGACUUCAUAUUAUGGAUUUAAUAUUUUUGAUCAAUUGAUAAAAGCAUCCAAAACAGAUAUUGCAAAUGAUAUCGAGUUAUUUGUUAAACUGCUUCCUACUUUGGUUACAGUCGAGUUUCACGAAAUUCCUAUGAAAAUCAUGAUCGAUUAUUGUAAUACCAAUUUCCUGACAAGCCAUACAUGGGUUGAAUACCUAGAUGACUUUAUUUUGGCGUUAUCCCAAUUAGAUCUCCCUCUCAGACAAGUUUUAUCUUUCUUAGAUAAACUUGAUAAUACAAUAAUUGAAACUUUAUUAAAUUCAAGCCAAGCAUUGAAUGACCUUAUCAACGACUAUGUGUCGAACUACAAAUUUGAAGAUGGUUUAAUAUUCAAAUCUAAGCUAUUAACUGCUCCAUUGCUUUUAAGUCUAUACGAAGCGAGUAAAAAACAAAACAAAAAUGCUAUGUUCAAUAAGUUCGUUACAGAACUACCAGAAAGCAGUAUUGCCUAUAGAAAUUUACUCACUGAAUCUGACUUUUUCUAUGAAAGCUUAAUGCUAGACAAUGAUUUUAAAAUUCCACAUAUCGUCCAUACAGAUGAAAAAAUUGCUAAUAGAUUUGUGACAUCGUUAACUGACACUACACUUACAGAAUAUUUGUCUGGUAAUGAAAAAAUAGAAGAAUUCGUUAAGCAACUUUCUAAGGACUCAUUAGUUACAAAAAAACUUUUAAACUUAGAUUUUGAUUCAGUGUUCUUUUCUUAUAUCAAGGAAUUAAAUCCUAGUACUACUCUAUCCGCUCCAUUUGGCCUUUUGCCAUUAGCACUUAGUCAAAAAGGUACUCCUACUGCAGACUCAUAUUUUGGACUUAUUAAACUCUCCCAAGUCGUGGAUAGCUUACUCACUUUAUAUCCUGAUGAAUCUACUACCAGUAAUGUCAUAUUUUUGACAAGGUGCUACGAAGUGAUGAUAGAUUAUAAUUCCUUGUUUGACCAGCAAUUUACCUAUUUCCACAAAAAUACAUUGUAUUCAAGAGAUCUUAAAAUUGAUUUCAAAGAUUUAUUGAAAUGUAUUUUCUCCGAACACAAUAUUGAUGAACUCGGAAAUAUUUUUGAUGACAAAGACAAUGAAGUCAUAUGCUUUUACAACUGCAGAAUAACGUACAGGAUUAGUUUGAAUAGUAUUGACUACUUGUCUGCUUCUCAAUUCGAAGAGGCGUUCGAAAGUAUCGAAAAGAAGGCAAGAAAACUUCUAUCAAGCAAGAUAUUGGACGUCAGUUCCACGCUAUCUCUUUUUGCUGUUAUAUGUGCGGCAGUGAAAUUCAAUAAAUCUAGCAACAAGCUUGGGGUGCUAAGAAAUUAUAUACUGUCGGAACUGGUUGGUGUUGAUAAUCCUUCUCUAGAUGAACUUAAAAGAUUUAAGACAUUACUAUUAUUUUUGAUACAAUUAUUAACAUUCUCACAAGAAGAUGUAGAAACAUAUCAAGUGGAGGAACGAAGAUUAAAUAUGGCAUUAUUAUCUAUUUCUAAGUGGAUGCAAUCAGAACAAUGGUAUGAUGAUUGUUAUAAUGAAAUUAGAAUAAUUGUACUUGGGUUUUUUGAAAAACUACAACAUUUAGCUAACAAAUUAGAUUUGUCUGAGAGAAUUGAAGAAUCUACAAUACAACUCUUACAAGACUCUAUUGGGUUUUUAGAAAUUGAAGAAACACCAUAUUAUGAUCUAUUGAGGUAUGAAGUAUUUUCUCUCCUUAACUCCGUUCAAAAUACUAUCUCCAUAUGGAGUAUAUUUGAUCUAAGCACAAUUGUCGAUAUAGCUUUUAAAAAUAUGAUUGAAAACUCUAGAGUUUCGAAUGCUUAUUGUAAUCCGCUCUCUAAGAUUCUCAAGUCAUUGCCUACCAAAGAGAAGACAAAAAUCUUCGAUGAUUUGAUUUCCGUCUUUUUCGAUCCAAAAUUACCAUUAAUCUUAAUGAAUGUUUUGCUUAAUGAAUUGAAAUCAAUAAUUAAGGAACAGCAGGAGGAGCUCGUUGUCGAAUACGAGCUAUCCAAAGCAUCUUCAGCUAAUUUAAUUGAUGAGGAUAGAACUUCGCCGAACGCCAUCACAGUAGAAAUACCACCACUUCUAAUCGAGUCUUUGAAAUCUCGGAUGCCACAUGAUUACCUAGAAUAUCAGGAUUUGAAUUCAUUCAUGAGAUAUUUGAAUUAUUGUCAGGUCUUAAUUUUCUAUUUUGAUGAUGUAUCUUACGAUAUUCGUCAAAAAUACAUUCAGCAGUUGAAAGAACAAGAUUUGAUUAACGGUCUUCUUGAUUUUCUCACUGAUCAAAUGACACUCUCUUACACAAAAUACUGGGACACUAUUGACAUAUCUGAUGCCUUGGCAUAUCCUAAUAGUGUGGAUCGCGGCAAACUUGAGCCUGUGGAUGAAUGCAACAUCAUGAUGGAAUUCCUUUUGUACAAAUUCUUUACCAUUUUUGGGUCACUUGUUGGACAAUGGUGGAAUAACAUCAAAAGUCGUUCUUUUAAGGACACUGUGUCUAAUUUUGUUACCAGGUAUAUUUCAUCCAAAUUGAUUGAAAAUGAGUUAGAAAGAACAAAAUUAGGAUUACAGAAGUUUGAUAAAAACGACCUCAACUUGAGCAUUAAGGUAAACAAAAAUAAUAAUGAAAUCAAGGCAUGCUAUUUAAUUGAUGAUCAUAAACUUGAAGUUGCAUUUAAACUUCCAUCAAAUUAUCCACUACAAAAUGUUCAAGUACAUGGUGUAUCCAGAGUUGGUGUGACAGAACAACAAUGGAAAUCGUGGAUAAUAUCCACUCAGAGAAUAAUUAGCAAUAUGAACGGAAGUGUUGUUGACUCUCUUGAAUUAUUAUCAAAAAAUGUCAAACUCCAAUUUAGUGGAUUUGAGGAAUGCGCUAUUUGCUACUUCAUUAUCCACGCCAUUGAUGGGAAGCUUCCAACCAAGAUCUGUCCUACCUGUAACAACAGAUUCCACGGUGCAUGUUUAUAUAAAUGGUUCAAAUCUUCAGGUAAUAAUACCUGUCCUCUCUGUCGUGGUGAAUUUAACCUAAGAAAAUAA